AGUACCGUGAAAACAAAGGUACAAACAGGUUAAGGAAACUAAAGUGUCUGUGCUUUGUGUUUAGUGUAAGUCAAACUGGAAAUGGAAAAUAGUGGAGAAAGUGGCGACGAUGGUGGACCUUUAGGUCCAACUGCAUUUCUUGGAGGUGGUGGUGUUUCUGCAUCAUAUAUUAGUGUACAAUCUGACGAUAUGGAAGAUGAUCCUGAAAAUACGGACGAUUCAAAUCAUGGGGCGAGUGAUCCCUUGCAAGGAGCUGGUGGUGGCAGUGGUGGGGGACCUCUUCGUGAACAAGAUCGGUUUCUUCCAAUAGCGAAUGUUGCUAAGAUUAUGAAAAGAGCAAUACCUGAAGCAGGAAAAAUAGCGAAAGAUGCACGCGAAUGUGUUCAAGAAUGUGUAUCCGAAUUUAUAUCCUUUAUCACAUCUGAAGCAAGCGAUCGGUGUCACAUGGAAAAACGCAAGACUAUUAAUGGUGAAGAUAUUCUAUUUGCUAUGACAACACUUGGUUUUGACAAUUACGUAGAACCAUUAAAGGUAUAUUUACAAAAGUAUCGAGAAGCAACAAAAGGAGACAAUCCUCCAGGUAGUGGUACAACAACGGGUAAUGGAAAAGCUGAACCACAAGGAACUAUAUAUGAGGAUCAAUUGUUUGCUAUUGCAGCAACUGCAUCUAGUGCUACCACUUCUGACACACCUGUUAUAUACAGUUACACAUCUACUGAUCAAAUGCAAUUUCAACUUUCUUGAUCACUGCAUGUUAAUAUAAAUUAUUUAAUGUAAAACACAAUUUACAAAAUGACUAUCUCAACUAUGUGCAUAUCUUUUUCAUGCAAGAUUGUGUUUUGUAAAAGACUGUAAUGUCAGUUUAAAAAUGAUAAGCUGAUCUUAUAUUGUAAGAAUAGAAUAAUAUGAAUGUUCUUAAACAUUUUAAAAGAAAGGUGAUUUAACUUUAGGCAAUUCUUGUAAAGAAAAUGCAAACGUGGAAGGAAAUAAACCAGGAGGCAGUUCAAAAGCUUAUUGAUAAUUACUUUUUUUUUUACUUUUUCAAACACAG